AUGGCUUCCUUCAAACUUCUCGUGGCUCUCAUCCCCGCCCUCGCGGCCGCCUGCAUCGGGCCCAAGGUCAACGAAGGAACUCUCAACCUCCUCAAGAGCUUCGAGAAGAUGGUCCCAAACCCUUACGAUGACGGCUACGGCAAUCCCACCAUUGGAUACGGUCAUCUCUGCAACGACUGGUCCUGCUCCGACGUGUCCUAUCCGAAGCCUCUGACCGAGGAAACCGCCACUCAGUUACUGGCGGAUGAUCUGACGGGCUUCCAAGACACAGUGACCAACGCUUUCGCGGACCCCGUCACCCUCAAUGACAACCAGUAUGGUGCUCUUGUGUCUUGGACUUUCAAUAUCGGCGCUGGAGCCAUGCGGUCGUCUUCACUCGUUUCGCGUAUAAAUAACGGCCAGGAUAUCAUCGCCGUUACUCAUGAGGAAUUGCCCCAGUGGGUGCAUGCCGGUGGGAAGGUUUCCCAAGGUCUGGUUAGGCGUCGGAACGCUGAGUUGCAGCUGUUUGAUACCCCAAGUGAUGGGAAGGCUUUGCCUGCUCCUUGUUAA